AUGAAAAUUGGAAACUUAAAGAAAAUCAGAAUUUUUGGUGCUAAAGACCACACUGCUAAAUCUAGUGCUGGUGAGGGUGAAAUAAUCUCAAGUGGUUCAAUCUUAAUACCAGAAGAUGCUCAUAAGUUCAUCACACUUAAACGCUUCAGCAGAAAAGUCAAAUCUAUGUUUUUCAAAGAAAAUUCAGGUGCUGCAACACAUGAUCCUGACUAUAUCAGUGAUAUUAGAGAUUUAGAGAAAAUUUUAUUAGAUCAAUCAGAAAGUCCAUUGGCUCAACCACAUUCAGAUGAAAGAGCUGUUGACGUUUUGCAACAUGAUGAUUUCCAACCACAAUUAGAUUUUCCAUUGGCUCAACCACAUUCAGAUGAAAGAGCUGUUGACGUUUUGCAACAUGAUGAUUUCCAACCCCUAUUAGAUUUUCCAUUGGGUCAACAGCCAGUUGAUGAUACUUCUGCUCCAUCUGAUUUAGCACCAUAUGAUGUUGAUUUUGAAAGCCAGGAUGUCAACGCUCAUGGGGAUAGUCCCUUGAGUCGUGAAGAGCUGCUCGGGUACAAGGUGUUUUCAGACAAUGAAAUAUUCUAUCGUGAUAGUAUUAGAAAAAGUUAUGAAGCAGCAAGACUGAAUAAUCACUUAUCUGAAAUGACCAAGCAAGCUAAAGAGGGUUUCAUGAAUCGUCUUAUUGCUCAAACUAUUGGUGCUUAUCAGGACAGGUUUAGGGAUAUUGAUGAGACCCAAACAGUGGAGGUUCUCAAGAAACCUUUAAGAAGCUUGAUUGAUUCAUUUGAUUGGUAG